UUUGCAAAAAAAACUUCAAGCUGUUCGACCAAGUUGAAAAGUGCGAAAUUGUUUUAGGUUAACGAAUAAACAAAAGCUCUUAAAUAUUUUAGCAUUAUCAUAGCCGGGCGGCUGAGACGAUCAUGAGCACAGUGCGUGUUUAACAAAAAUAGACUUUUGUACAUUUUUAUGUAUCGUGACGUGUUAUCAGGGCUAACGUAGUUUAUACAAAUUGUUGCCGAGUUAAACAUUACAGUAUUCUCUCAGAAAAAUUGUGUUGUGACAAAUAAAACACUGUAAUGUUUAAAUCUUUGUUGAGCUCGGUAAUCACUCAGGCCAGCUGUCAAGAGGUGGGGGGCUGGUUAUUUAAAGCGGGCGGACACAGAUCGUCUACAUGAGAUAUUCUUGAAGUUCGCCACCGUCGACAGGAACGGUGAGAGGUUCAUCACCAGUGAAGAUUUUGUACGCAAGUUUUUAGGAUUAUUCGAAGAAGAUGACUACAAUGCGGAAUCAGUCAAGCUCAUCGCGGGCAUCGUGGACAUGGACAAAGAUGGGUACAUCUCAUUCUCGGAGUUCCAGGCGUUUGAGGGCCUGCUCUGCGUACCCGAUGCGCUGUACAAGACCGCCUUCCAACUCUUCGAUACUAAUGGCAAUGGACUCGUCGCUUUUGACGAGUUUGCAGAAGUCAUGCGCAAAACGGCCCUCCAUCAGAAACUCCCAUUUAACAUGGAGAGUACAUUCGUCCGUUUGUACUUCGGCAAGGACAAGAAGAGGUUGGUAACAUACCCUGAGUUCAGCCAGUUUCUUCACGACUUCCACGAGGAAUAUGGAGUGGAAGCCUUUAAGAAAUGUGACAAAGAUGGAACAGGCUUCAUCAGCGCUGGGGACUUUAGAGACAUUAUGCUGUCUGUUAAGAAACAUCUCCUGACUAAGGAGUUGAAUUCUAAAGUUAUUAAUGCUUCGGGCUUCCCACACGGUGAACGCAAAAUCAGUUUCCCCUACUACAUGGCCUUUAAUUCUCUUCUAAAUAACAUGGAGCUGAUCAAGAGAGUCUACCUUAAUGCAACCAACGGCACUCGAACGCAAGAAGUCACGAAAGAAGAGUUCUUACAUUCAGCUCAGAUGAUGUCCCAGAUCACGCCCUUAGAAGUUGAUAUAUUGUUCACUUUGUGUGACAUGAUACAUCAUACAAAUGGUCGAAUCGUAUACAAUGAUCUCAACUCCAUCACACCAGAGCAGUACUUCAAACAAGUCACACGGCGCGUAGCAGAAAUCAAGGCUGUCUCCAGUCCGGAAGAGAGAGGCGUGUUGAUACAAAUAUUGGAGAGCACUUACAGAUUCACACUCGGUUCUAUUGCUGGUGCCGUCGGUGCGUCAGCAGUAUACCCCAUCGAUUUAGUGAAAACUCGUAUGCAGAACCAACGCACAGGCUCCUUCAUCGGUGAGGUCGCGUAUAGAAACUCCUGGGACUGCUUCAAAAAGGUCAUCCGGCAUGAAGGCGUCUUCGGUUUAUACAGAGGAUUAGUACCACAGCUUAUUGGAGUAGCACCCGAGAAGGCUAUUAAAUUGACGGUCAACGACUUCGUUCGCGACAAAUUCACAGACAAGAAAGGAAAUAUUUCGUUAUACGCAGAGAUCCUGGCCGGUGGUUGUGCCGGUGGUUCACAAGUAGUGUUCACAAAUCCUCUAGAGAUUGUGAAGAUUCGUCUACAAGUAGCUGGGGAGAUCGCGGGAGGGACCAAAGUAAGAGCAUGGUCUGUUGUGAAGGACCUCGGCCUGUUCGGCCUCUACAAGGGGGCGAAGGCCUGUCUACUCAGAGACGUGCCUUUCAGUGCUAUCUACUUCCCUGCUUAUGCUCAUGUUAAGGCUAAAUUCGCGGACGAGAACGGUUACAACCACCCCCUGACGUUGCUGGCGGCCGGUGCCAUCGCGGGCAUCCCGGCCGCCUCACUCGUCACGCCGGCUGACGUCAUCAAGACUCGAUUACAGGUGGUUGCUCGGUCGGGCCAAACAACGUACAACGGCGUCAUAGACGCGGCGCGCAAGAUAUACGCGGAGGAGGGCGCGCGCGCAUUCUGGAAGGGAGCCGUCGCCAGGGUGUUCCGCUCCUCGCCGCAGUUCGGAGUCACGCUCGUCACUUACGAAAUACUACAGCGCUUGUUCUUCGUCGAUUUUGGAGGAUCACGCCCAGCCGGUUCAGAGUUACACGUGGCGACACCUAUCGAGGAGUCUGUGAAGAAACCACAUCACAUCGGCGGCUACCAGGUGGCGCUGCCAGUACUAACGGGGCUCGAGACCAAGUUUGGUAUCUCCUUGCCUCGCUGGUCGGCACCUAAACCUGCGCCCGCGCCGCAGUAGUGGUACAGUAAGGAUGGACGCUCGUAGAUAUUUAUAUUCAGAAGGUUGACACACUAUCGCGUUGUUUUGGAUAAAUAUUAUCAGAAGUUGAUUAUAUUCACGAUGAAAAGAAUAUUAUUGGUCAGUUUCAAUAACCUAUCUUUCGGUAGAUCAAAUUACAAGAGGAUUUCGACACAUUUUGUAUGGAACUUUAUCUUUGGUAGCCCAAUCUACUGAGGGAUGAGUUAUUAAAUCUGACAGAUUGUAUUAUCUUGUUUCUUUCACGGUAUAAUCAAAUUAAUGUGAAAGCGAGAUAGUUAUAUUUUUUUAUUGUAAUUACUUUUCUUUGCGAAUGAUAUAACUAACUACUGGUAGUUUUGUCCAAAAACGCAUCGUGUAUAAAAAUGUAUGUAGCAUACUAUACGGAUGUAAGACAUUACAAAGUGAGAUUAAGGAUUAUUAAACAAGUAACAUUAUACAUUUUAUACCACACGUUACUCAAGAGAUUUCUUACAAUCUAAAGUAUUUAUAAACAUCUAGCUUUGUUUACAAUACAAUAAAAAUAUAGUACAAUAUUGUAUUGACACACCUCUGCUUAGCCCUUCAGACAGAGCCGAAUUAUCCCUAACAUAAACUAGGCAAGUGUCUAGAGCGCCAGGUUGACGCUCAUAAUAUUAUGGGCGCCUGUGGACGGCCAUAAUAUUGCCUAGGGCGCUGUCUAGGUUUAGUCCGGCCGCUGCCUUCAGAGAUUAAAAGGCGUGGUAUUAUAAAUAACAUAAAUAGUAUGUAUCUUCAAGCCGCCAAGCGUUAGAAAAGUUAAUUAUUAUAUUUUCGGGAAACUCAUGUUACUGUUUGACGGGAAACUCGACUGGGUAAUAGGAGUGUGACACAGUGAGUGCGGUAUGUAAAGUCGUUUUUGCGUUGACCCGGGAUUCGUACCCAACACUACGCAGCCGCGAGCGAGUCUAGCGGCAAGUCGCGCGCCGCCGACGCCACGGAUAGAGCACAGUGCGCGGGAAUCCCGCCAGGGGGCGCUGCAGUCGAGCAGACAGCUCUUCGCGGGGUGCUACUCAUGAAUAUGACCUCUAGUAUGCCUUGAAACUAGUCGAGUUCCUCAUCUAACAGUUACGUGAGUAAGCC